AUGAGUAAACAUGCUUGGCUUAUCAAGCUCGGCCUUGACACUUGUCCUCUUUACGCCACAAACCUCAUUGCUCACUAUGUUUCCUCUGCAAUCCCCAACUGCCUUACCAUUGCCCACAAGGUGUUCGACCAAGUGCCUCACAAAGACACAACCUUAUGGACCUCUCUCAUCUCAUCUUACGCUCGUUCCAAUCAACCCCACAAAGCCCUUCACCUCUUCUCCCUCAUGCUCAACCAAUAUCAAUCCAACCCAGAUACCGCUGCUCAGCCCAAUCACUUCGUCUUCACAGCUGUUGCUCGCGCCAUUGCUUCUUCUCCACAGAACUUCAAAUUGGGGCACAACUUGCAUGCCCAUGUUAUAAAGUCUGGAUUUUUGCCUGGAAAUAUUGUUGUUGAGACUGCUUUCUUGGAUUUGUAUUCGAAAUGUGGGGUAGUGGAAUGUGCACGGAUGGUGUUUGAUGAAAUGUGUAGGAGAAAUUUGGUGACGUGGAACGCUGUGGUUUCUGGGUAUGUUCAGAAUGGACGGGAGUGUGAAGGGUUGGAGUUGUUUUAUCGAAUGAAGUGUAGAGAAUUUUACGUGCCUGAUGAGUAUAGCGUUGCUACUGUUUUAUCUGGGUGUGGCUAUGUAAAGGAUCUACUUCUGGGAAUGCAAGUUCAUGGUUAUGCGUUUGUUAGUGGGUUUGAGUCGAGUUGUCGAAAUUCAAUUGCUAAUAUGUAUUUUUAUUGUAGUAGAGUUGCAUUGGCGGAGAAAGUUUUUGUUGGAACAGAGAGGGAUGUUGUUUCUAAGCUUGUAAAGAUAAGGGGUUAUGUAUUUAAUCAUAUAUAUGCUGAUGCUGUGAGGUACAUUUUGUCAAUGGAGAAUGCUGUUGAAAUUUUAGUUAUGGAUCAGACUAUUUUCGUGCCUCUGCUAUCUGCUUGCGCCAAGAUGCGUUUGCUCAAUGCUGGGAAGCAAGUCCAUGGUCUCUUUAUCACUUUGGUGGAUUCAUAUAAAACUGCUUGUUUAUUAAAAGAGAGCAGAGCGAUUAUUGACAGUGCACUCAUAGACAUGUACAGCAAGUGCAGUGAUAUUGGUAAAGCGCGAGAAGUUUUUGAAAGUUGGCUACCUGAACGACAUGCUCCACUGUGGAAUUCUUUGUUGUCUGGUUAUAUUAAUAAUGGACUAAUCGAAGAUGCCAAGGCACUCUUUGAGCAUAUGCCCGAGAAAACUAUUGUUUCUUGGACAAGCAUGAUGACAGGAUAUGUGCAAAAGGGCUUGCCCCGAGAAGGCUUAAAUUUAUUGGCUAAGAUGUAUUCUGGAGAAGAAAGAGAUAGGCUAGAAGGAAACUGCUUGACCUUUGUGGUAGCUCUUGAAGCAUGUUCCCAUCUAACAGAUUUGGACAAAGGAAAGCAAAUACAUGCAAAAAUUAUUAGAGAGUUGCCGGAUGCAGAUGACAAUGUAGCUGUUGGAACAGCUUUAGUUGACAUGUAUUCAAAAUCAGGUCACUUGUGUUACACAUUACGACUUUUUGAUGCGAUGGAAGAGAAAAAUGUUGUUUCAUGGACUUCUGCAAUCAUGGGAUUUGCUGUUCAUGGAUUUGCUUUCCAAGCCCUUGAACUUUUUCAGCGUAUGGUAAACAUGGGAAUUAAUCCCAAUGAAGUGACAUUUACUGCAGUACUAACUGCUUGCCGUCAUUGUGGUUUAGUAGAUGAGGGAAUGCAAUAUUUUACGCUAAUGAGGAAGCAGUAUGGUUUGACCCCUGACGAAGAACAUUAUACAUGUCUAAUUGACUUAUUGGGACGUAAUGGAAGGCUUGAGGAAGCAUGGCAUUUGGUGGAGGGAAUGGAAGAGAACCAUCUAAGUGAUGAGUGCUCUACUGGUACCAUUUGGGCUGCACUUCUAGGGGCUUGUCAGUUGUAUGAAAACGUUGAAAUUGGAAAGAAGGUGGCUGAAAAGCUGACGGAAAAGGAGAUACAGAUAUCUACUGCUUCUAUUGCACUAUCUAAUGUUUAUGCAGCAGCUGGAAUGUGGAAUGAAGUGUACAGAGUGAGAGAGAGUUGGAGAGAAAAAGGUCAUGCUGAUGGAGAGCCUGGUCUUAGCCGCAUAUGUACACAACCCCAUUAA